CUCAGACUUUCAUGUUGACCAGUAAGUAACGACAACGCGCGGAUUGCAACGUCGGUGCAGCUGCCGCUGAUCGAAGCUUGUCAUGGUGGAGCCACACCUAGUACUAGCACGGGAGUAGAAUCUCUGAUACCGGAUAUGAAAUAAACGUCAUUCGAGGAACCGUCACGGGCUCCAGUCGACUCGGUGCACUAUAAUUACCAGACUCUCUCUGCCUCUACUACUCGUUCCACUGACAAGUAUCGUCGCCUGGACCAAGUUAACGUAUCCGACGCUUGUUGAAUACUGUCGUCGUCAUGGGCGACAUUCAGAACAGGCCAUUUUCAAAGGAUUACAGUGGCCUCAUUAAUCAGUCUGCCAUAGCUGUCGCAUUGGUCGCGGUGUCUGUGACGUCGCACGAGAUCAUGAAGAGAAAGAGACGCGGACUUCACACUCAGCUUGAGGGGCUUGGAAGUGUCGAGUCUUGGGAGUUUGGCUAUGGUAGCAGGAAUCCUUCCCCUCCGACGCCGAGAGGUUGGCCAUUAUCCUGGGUCAAGGACAGUAUCACUUUUCCCCAAGCGAAGCUCAAUGAGCUUAGAGGAAUCGAUGCAGCGUUAUAUGUGCGUUUCCUGCGCGGGUGUCUAUUCUUUGUCCUCGUCCACACAUUUACGACCACUCCUCUCCUUCUUCCGAUACAUAUCCACUUUUCUCUGGAUGGGGUUUCACCACAGUCGAUGACUAGAGCAUCAAUUUCUUCACUCGUAGGAACUCAGCAAGGCCGCUCCCUACUCUGGAUUCACAUUUGCCUCCUCUUCUGGAUCACGCUUACCUGGAUGUGCAAUCUCUUCUACAUUUGCAAUGGGGCAUUCAAAUUACGAGCAGCGAAAAUAGAAGCUGCCAUACGCAGUGUGGAGUCCGAUACCCUGGUCGAGAGGGAGGCGCAAUAUCAUCCGCAUCCUCAUCCACAAUACCCUUUCCAGGAUAUUCCGUCCCUUGACACCAUCCACUCCAAUCGUGGUUUGCGUCUGCGUACUGUGAUGGUAACCAACGUCCCGGUACAACUUCGCUCAGAAAAGGAGCUGAAAGAGUACUUUGAGUACCACCUGUCGCGGUCUCUUGACAUGCCUUCCGUUGGCUUGCCAGCAUCCACUCAACCCGGUUUCUUUAACAAAUUGCUCGCCUUUGGUUUCAAUCGAGCAAAGCGCAUUCCACAGAACAUAGGUAUGUCUGUACGCGAACCUGCGAAUGGGAGCCAGGAAGGAGGCGAUGGAGCACCACUUGGACAAGUUCCCAGCGCGAACCGGGAAAACGUGCCACCCAUCGACCGAGUUGUCAUUGCACGACGAAUGACGGAGUUGGCGUCGUUGCUGGAACGCCGCGAAGAGAUCCUCCGUCGUUUAGAGGGCGCUCACAUCAGUUUGGCAAAGAAGGCACUUUUAGCGGUGUACGGUUUCGAACAUAGACACGGCUCAAGGGAGGAUAUCACCGUGCCUAAGCGCACUAGGUCUGCAGAUUUAGAACGCGCGUAUAGUCCAACCCACAACGGACACCAGAAAAAUGAUACAGACUUACUUGUUCGGACGCUCUCUCCGUUUCUGGUGGAUUACGAGUUGACCAGCAAGUUCGCGCCCUCAAGGCGCAAACUCAUUUUGAAAAUGAAGGUGGAUUCAGAGAUGGAGAGCAAGGACAACACCACCCCACACGAGACGAUAUGGGAUGCACUUCUCAGUCUACCACGAGGCGUACUCGACCCAUAUCAGCCUUUAAUCCACCUUUCUGUCUUUUUCCGAGGGAAGACCGUGCCGAGCAUCGAUUAUUAUACCGCUAAACUCAACCUCCUUACAUCGUUGAUUACACAGAAUCGAGCACGGGCUGCUACUGAAUACGACGCUGUGUCAACAGCGUUCGUAACCUUCGAAGACCCAGCAGACGCAAGGAGGGCAUGCAAGUACUUGGCAGUGCAUCCUAAUAACCCACUUGCAUGUCUUGUGACGAUGGCCCCGCAGUAUGAAGACAUCGAUUGGACAAGGGUUAUGAAGUCAACUUAUCGAGUGGACAUCCUCAAAGAUUGGGUAGUAAAUAUUGGGGUCUGGGGAUUCACGAUAUUCUGGCUUUUCCCAGUGUCCCUGUUUGUUGGUCUCGUCUCCAUCCAAAGCAUCUCGACAUUCUGGCCGAGUUUGUACAAUUAUCUUUCCAGUCACCCUUGGGAGGAAGAGGUCAUUCAAUCAUUCCUUCCGACUCUCCUCCUCUCACUACUCGCGAUUCUCAUUCCGCCGAUUCUUCUACUCAUUGCCAAGAAAGCCCAUACAAUCAUCACUCUUUCCGUAAUGCACGACACGAUCAUGACUCGUUACUAUAAAUUCCUAAUUGUCAACGUCCUGGUGUUUUUCUGCGUGGGAACCGCUGCGCUCCAGUCUUUCCUUACUUCGUUCAAGACCGUAUCUGGGAGUGGUAUCAUCAAUACUGUCGCUGGUAGUUUCCCGACGGCCGGACCUUUCUAUGUCGGAUGGCUGAUCUUUACCACUGCAAUUCAUGGAGGCUUUGAGAUCGUGCUGUGUUUUGCAUUUCAUUCUUAUGUUGAUCUUGCAUUGCCUUUGUUCACUUACCCCUCCACCAAGCGACAUGUGACUCCGAGGAAACGGGCUGUCGGGAUUCGUCCGCGAACGUUCAACUUCUAUUACUGGCUACCAAAUCACCUCCUGGUCAUUCAUGUACUACUCCUCUUCGCUCUGCUUAAUCCACUCGUCAUACCCUUUGGGUUGAUAUAUUUCUCAGUUGAGACAGCUGUUGUGAAAAAUCAGUUGCUACAUGUUUAUGCGAAGAACUACGAAUGCAAUGGUCAAAUACUGUUGAUCCGCAUUCUUCGUUAUUCAUUGGACGGUAUGAUGCUCCUAUUCGCGCACCCUAACGCCGCUGAUUUCGUAUUCCUGGCUUACAUGGCUGUACUGCGGAUGACUGUUAAUUUGGCGUUAUCGGCUGUUUUAUUCGUCUUCACCGCGAUGGUCAAGAUGAUUAUGACCCGGAUGUGCCGCGCCAAAUUCGAGCAAGAUGAUACCGAGGAGGCACAAGUGAUCUGCAGGAUGGGCGCGAGAGAAUCAGAAGAUAGCCCCGAAAGCCACAUUAUACCGUCAGACCAGCCUGGGAGCGCUCAGGGCGUAGCAGUCGGCGCUGACGACCACCCUUCAAGAUUCCGGACCUGGCGCUUACCAGCCUGGGUAAAUUUCUCUUACUCGACCGUUCCUCGAAGAUUCCGACAGCACGAGCGGCGCAAGCCGAAUCCGUUCGGCCCCCACGCUCGUUCGUUCUCGAGGCUAAAUUCAGUAGAUGAGAACGGGAAAACACCAUCAACAUCGACCCAUGAAGAACCACCUGCGACCAUUCUGGGUGGGCCGCUCCACUCCCCACCUGCUGAACAGCAACCUCAGCCUCCAGCACGCAUUUCGACUUCCCUCGUACAGCGACAUCCACCUCUUGCAGCGUGGGAUGAUGAACCCCGUCAUGACAUCCCUUAUGACAAUCCUUACUACACACGACCUAUCACCAAUGCCCUAUGGCUCCCUAGAAAUCCGCUAGGUCUUCUGGACCUCGAUGACACUGUUGAUGUUUACCAUGCAUUAACAAGCGAGCCCGGCUCUGGUGAUGUGGGUCAAUGGUUCGGACCUGGCUCUUCCACCUCCCCCAUGUUUCAGCUCCCUAGCUCAGUGCCCGGUGAUGAACAACCGUCCUUCUUUGCAACUGGGCAAUACAGCGGUAGUGAAGAUAUUGAUCUUCCUGAGGGCAUCAAGUCCCGCAUCGUCACCAUUGAUCAAGAGGUUGAUGUCGAGUCCACAAGACCACGUCGUCCAUCCUUGUUUUCUCGACAUCGCUCGGGUAGUAAUGUUAGCAUGAAAAGUGGCGACCGCGCAUCUCGGGGUCUUCCAGGUCGAUCACAGAUCAACGAUAGCAAUCGCCCCGAAUUCCCUCACAAAUCAUCCUCAGACCAUGCACCAAGAUCCUUUCGUGAAAGGGCAUCUUCAUACCUUCCGCCACCCAAUCUUCACUUCCAAUCUCAGUUUCGUGACCUUGACCCUGGAUCUCGGCCAGAUUUGCAUGCACAGGCCGAAUUUGCGCGUUCUACGGCAUCGAUUGUGAGGCAUGGUGGCUCGCGGGUGUCGCUAUCACAUCCCAUCAAUAUGACCCCUCAAGAAGUCGCCGCGACGCCUCGAGAAGCUGUCGUGACAACCCGGGAAGCUGUCGUGACUGAAGCUAUCGCAGAAGAACAUUUAGCGAUGGAGGAACGGUUGAGAAGGGAGCAUGCAGCUGCUGGGUUAAAUCAUGGGCCAACGAGUCGGUCUUGGUUUACAUCUUGGAUUUACGCUAAGAUUUAGUGAUGACCUGGGUAGCAUUGAUUCUAAUUUUGAAACACUUUUUGUGGAACACGUUGUGAUAGGACCCGUCGUGAGUGCGCCUAGACUGAAGCUCAUAGCUAAUGUCGUCAGUGGAGAUGAGGUCAUUCUAGAUGUUCAAGAGGCUCUCGAUUGUUACUGAACCCCGCAGGUACCGGCAGGUGUGG